UUUAGCGACGAAAGCAGUGACGAAAGUUUGCGGGAGGUUGGGAAGCAGGCUGAGGAGAUCUUCAAAUGCGAGCGUCUUCUACGUUCCGGGCGCGAAACGAGCAUCAUGAGCAACGCGGAGAGUUCGACCAAACCGCUGCAGCGAACGGGACACGUCGCCACUGCGUACAAGAAUGGCGUGCUCGUCUGGGGAGGCUACCGGGAGACGGAGCGAACGACGAUAUACCUGCCAGGCAAUGAGCUCUGGUUUUACGAUACCUUCCUCGAGAAAUGGACGCCACGAAGCCUGGCGGGGGACAUCCCACCGGGCACGUCAGGUGCAGUUGCCCAAGUGCUGGGGGAUGCAAUGUAUCUGUUUGGCGGUUUCCUCACCGACCGCAACACGAACCAGCUGUACAGACUCGACCUGACCACACUCACAUGGGAGCUGGUGGACGCGCAGGGAGACCUGCCCAUCCCCUGCGACAAGAUGGCAGGCUGGACGUAUCGAGACUGGUGAGUCUAUACUGUGUUCGGUGGGUUUGGCAUCUCACCACGUGCAGGAGUGCAGCGGCCAGCAGACUUUGUCUUCCUCCACGACAUGCAAGCACCUUGGAGAGGAUGGUCCAACCAGCUGGUGGCAUUCAACACCCAGACCAACUCGUGGAGUUGGCCCAUGUACAAGGGCACGGCACCAGUGGCACGAGCCGCUCACGCGGCUGCGCGAAUCGACGGCCAGGUGUUCAUCUUUGGUGGCCGUCACCAGCAGAUUAGGCUCAACGACAUCCAUCGGCUGGACCUCACCACUAUGCAUUGGACUGGCGUGUUGAGGACCAUAGGCGAAAAGCCACGCGGUCGGUCGUGGCACAGCUUCACGGCACUUCCCCCAUUCCGCAUCGUCCUCUACGGGGGGUUCAGCCAGACGGAAGAGCCACUGUCCGACUGCUGGUUGUUUGUGGUUCCUGCCCUGACCUGGGUGCGCGUCGAGGUGCAGCUCCCCCCACGACUGUGGCACUCGGCCUGUCUCAGCUGCGAGCUGGAGGUCAUCGUGUUCGGUGGAUGUGCGCGGAACAUCUUCCAGCAAGACGGCAUCCAAGCGGAGGACACAGUGAUCACUCUUUCCUUUUCGCCGAGGAGCCUCUACCGGAUCUGCCUGGAACGGGCUCUGCGGCUCAGACACGUCCUCCAGUCCCAGUGGCCAAUGCUGCCCCCAUCAGUCCGAGACACGCUAUACCUCAUGCAUGGGAACACGCAAGGCUCUAGGCUUGAUGGAUCGUGAACAAGCAACGCUCGCCUCUUGCGAAAUGACGAUGCAAUAUUAACCCCUGUACAUAAAAUUGACAUAACGUUACAAUUUAUAUGAACUAGAGUAAAUAAAAUUUCCAUUGAGACAUCUGG